UUUAGUUGAAUUGUCACCCUAGUUAUUUUAAUAAUUAAAUUUAAUAAAAAUGUAUAAUAUUAUGAACAGAAAAGUAAGAAAAAAAUAUAUUAAAUGCAAAGUAAGGUAUGUCUGUGUAACAACACAGAGAAGCAGGUAAGGUCAUAUGUGACCCAACACUUAAUGCAUUGAGCAGAGGAAGAAUUAAGUAGAGAAAAGAGAGCAGAAAAAUGGAAGUUAAAGGAGAAGAAGAGAGAAGAAGCAGAAGAGAAGACGAAGAAAAAGAAGUUUACUACUCUCUUCUCAACUCUCCAUGUUCUGCCUUUCACAAAACUGUUCAAGCCAUAUUGAAAUGUCUUGGUCUUGAGUCAUUAUCAAUAUCACCAUCCUCCUCCUCCUCCUCCUCAUCAUCAUCAUCAUCAGAAGAAGACCAUGAAUCUGAAAUCGUUCAAGAGACAGGAUUUAUGGCGAUGGUAACAAGACUGGUAAGAAGGAGACCAAGGCCAGCUUACAGCUCAGGACGCCCUGGUCAAAUCGACUGAUUAUGAUCAAAGACUUGUGUCUUUGUGUUUGUAUGUUUUCAUGUUUAAACUCACGUAUGGGGUCUUAAUGUCCUCAGGCCGUCUCCAUGGCAUGGCAGUCUCUGUAGAAAGUAUCUAAUCCAAGAAAAAAUAAAAGUAAAGAAGUUUGGUUUUGAUUUCA